AUGACAGUGGAGAUUACGCGCAACGAGUGCGUGGUGAAGCGUGGCGGCAAACCCGUCGCAACAGGAAGGAAGCAGGGGUUCCUCCUGUAUCUCAAUGCUGACUAUGGUACGGAGUGCCACAUGGCCGAAGACGAUACAGAGAUAUGGCAUAGAAGACUGGGUCACGUGUCGUAUGGUACGCUGAAUGCCAUGGUCAAGGACGGAAGGAUCAAGGGCGCAACGGUGAAGUCGAACGUUGCGUGUGACGCAUGCGCAACGUCAAAGCGUGUGCGCAAGUCAUUUAAGUCAAGCGAUGAAGACUCUGACACCAGCGAGAAAUCGCGUUCCGACGUGGUGGUGUGCUCCGACGUUCUCGGACCUAUCACGCCAGCGUCCAAGUCUGGUUUCAGUUACGCCGUAACCUUCAUCAUGAUGAAGAGCAGGUAUGUAACGGUCUAUCCGUUGCGAAAGAAGAGCGACGUUGCGAGUGCGUUCAAGCGGUUUUACCAAGAUGUCAAGACAGCAUCUGGAACGAAGAUAAAGGUGUUGCGAAGUGACAACGGCGGCGAAUACCGGAACGAAACUAUGAACAGCUUUUGCAAGGCAAAGUUCAUCAAGCAAGAGUUCACGGUUCCGUACAACCCAGAGCAGAACGGGAUGGCGGAGCGGAUGAACCGCACGCUGGUGGAGAUGACGCGCUGUAUGCUCAAGGAAAGCGGCCUCGACAAGUCCUACUGGUGCGAGGCACUAAUGACAGCGGCAGACAUCAGAAACAUUCUGCCGAACGCGUCGAACAAGAGCUCAAGCCCACACGAGAUGGUGUUCAAGAAGGUUCCGCGCAUCGAUCACAUGUUUUGA